AUGAACUCGUACUUUGAACAAAGUGGGUUCUACGGUGGGCAAAGCGGCGAUCAAGCGGCUGCUGCUGCUGCUGCUUACCGUUUCCCAUUGGGACUUAGCGUAUCUCCCUAUGGACAAACUCAAGCUCGCACGAGUCAGGACUUAGCCUACGACACUUCGGCGGCUUCUGCCUGUAAACUUUAUGGCGCGACUUCUCCGAGUGCUGACAGCUCGGCCUACAAAGUGGAAUGUGUGACCAAAGAACAGACAAGUUUCCCGACGUCGACCAGUAAAGACAUGGGUUUGGGCUCUUGGGCCGGAGGUGCCCUUGGUGCCAUGAGGGCACCCGUAGGUACCCCAGAUCCUAGCAGAUAUGGGGAUCCCACGGGUGCUCGGGCUUCGUGGAAUCAUUGCUCGCUGAACAACACGGCACCCGCUGGAAUGGUGGGUCAACCCAUGCAACAAGCCGCUAAUCACACCUUCUAUCCCUGGAUGGCCAUUGCAGGUAGGUAG